GCGAAUGAUAGAAGUGGAGAUUGAUGCUGGAGCAUGCUGAGCAGAACCCGCCGGCUUUAUUACUGCAUGUGUUAGAUGGCGAGAUAACGGUGUUAUUAUUAUUAUUAUUUACAGGCUGAUAUACUGAUUUAUUUGCUGGUUCUGCAGCUGCUGAUUACAUAAUAUUUAUAUAUUAAUAUUUAGCAAAUAUGACAGCGCUGUUUCUGCUGGCUCUGUGUGUAUCAGCCGCCUUCUCCACUGCAGCAGAGCCUGCUGUUUAUCUGCGAGAGCAGUUUGAAGACGGGGAUGCCUGGAAGACCAGAUGGGUGGAAUCAGAACACAAAUCGGACUAUGGGAAGUUUGUGCUGACUGCUGGGAAAUUUUAUGGUGAUGCCGAAAAGGACAAAGGUCUCCAGACCAGCCAGGACGCUCACUUCUACUCCAUCUCCUCCCGCUUCAAAGACUUCAGCAACAAAGAUCAGACACUAGUUUUGCAGUUUACAGUCAAACAUGAGCAGAGCAUCGACUGUGGAGGAGGAUACAUCAAGCUCUUCCCUUCAGACCUCAAACAGGAAGACAUGCAUGGAGAUUCCAUAUACAACAUCAUGUUUGGUCCUGAUAUCUGUGGCCCCGGCACCAAGAAAGUUCACGUCAUCUUCAAUUACAAGGGCAAGAAUCACUUGAUCAACAAAGAUAUCAGGUGCAAGGAUGAUGAACACACUCACUUGUACACGCUGAUUGUAAAUCCGGACAACACGUACGAGGUGAAGAUCGACAACAAGAAGGUGGAGUCUGGCUCUCUGGAGGACGACUGGGACUUCCUGCCCCCAAAGAAGAUCAAAGACCCCAACGCUAAGAAGCCUGAGGACUGGGAUGAGAGGGAGAAGAUCGAUGACCCUGAGGACCAGAAGCCUGAGGACUGGGAGAAGGCUGAGAACAUCCCUGAUCCUGAUGCCAAAAAGCCUGAUGACUGGGACGAUGAGAUGGAUGGAGAGUGGGAGCCUCCCAUGGUCUCUAACCCUGAGUACAAGGGUGAGUGGAAGCCGAAGCAGAUUGAUAAUCCAGGCUAUAAGGGGAAAUGGGUUCAUCCUGAGAUUGAUAACCCUGAAUACACCGCUGAUCCUGAGAUCUACGCGUACUCCAGUAUUGGUGUGAUUGGACUGGAUCUGUGGCAGGUGAAGUCUGGCACCAUCUUCGACAACUUCCUCAUCACCAACGACCCGAAACUGGCAGAGGAGAUUGGAAACGAGACCUGGGGAGCAACAAAGGAUGCUGAAAAAAAGAUGAAGGAUAGUCAAGAGGAGGAGGAGAGAAAGAAACGUGAAGAAGAGGACCAGAAACGAAAGGAGGAGGCAAAGGAUGAAGAGGAAGAGGAGGAGGAAGAAGACAAGGAGGAAGAAGAAGAAGAGGAGGAGGAGGAGGAGGAAGAAGAGGAGGAAGAGGAAGAAGAAACAGACUCUAAAUUUAAGGAUGAGCUGUAGACUUUAGAGAGGAGCUCGUGAUGAGAUGCCUUGUCUCCGGUUACGGUGGAGAAGAUGGCAGAGAACUGGACUAUGCUGGACAUUCCUGCUGUCACGUAGAUCAGACAUCUGACUCAAGUGUUUUGUUCUGUUACUGAAAGCGUAUUUAUAACUUAACUGUUCAUCCAGCUUCAUCUCCUUAACACUAAGCAUGUCCCAGAUCCCCCAGUGUUCGUUUUUUUGUUUCAGGAACGUAGUGUUAAAAUGAAUUAAUCUAUAAGGAAGGGCCUGUUCACACCUGCCAUUAACAUGCGUUUUAGUUCUGGAUCAAAUCUGGAUCGUAUCUGGAUCUACUUUGACAGGAUUCUGUUUACACUUGUUAUUAAAAUGCGUGUCCAGUGUGA